AUGCUCGAAAAAGCGGGACUGCCAUUCAGGAAAUCCCCCUACUCUGUUCUCGAGGAGGAAAACGGACUAACCGAUGCUCCGAUGUUCUUCUCGAUUGAGGUGGAGGGUGUGACCGCCUUAAAAGCAGCAACCCACUCAACCGACCUGCAAGUCCCCGUAGCGCCGACGGUGAACUCAAUCGAGGUAUCUUCUAUAGUCUUUAAGACCUCCGUAGCAGGAUCUUUACUGCGACGAGUGUGUCUUUUCAUGCAGCGCCUUGACUCCGAUGGCAAGGUAAUUGGUCCCCCAGUUCCCCUAGCAGUAACUGACACCGCCCAGUUUUCUGUUCCCGUGAAGCUGAAACUUUUCACUGGGGAUCGAGUUCGCUUGCUGCUGUUUCAGAGGGGCACGGGACCUGCAGUCAGCGCAGUCAUCUUGAGCGGGUGCAUUCUUAGCAGCGCCGACAGCUAUUUUGCCCCUGGCACGCCACCAGCUUCUCUGCUUUCUUGGACACCCGAGCCUUUCCGCUCUGUCAGAGAGCCAGGAAUAUCCGCCUCUCGGAAGCGGAGUCGCUCUCAGCCGCGGGCUGAGCAGAAUGACUCCGUGCUCGAUGAUGAGCCUCCCACCCUCGUUUAUGCCCCAGUUUGUGGUGGUGAUGACGAGAGCUAG